UAAUCGUGAUAAGGCUCAGUACCACCAUAACAGCUGUUCCUUCAUUAGUUCACGGGUCAACUAAACGUAGUAGCUAGUGAAUGUGAAUUUGUGAAUUUCCAUUUCCAUCUGUGUGCAGUGUUGCUGCGAAGUGCAGACACGUUUGUGCGCUCUCUCUCUCUCAAGAAAAGUUGGGAUGUGAGAGAGAGAAAAGAAGAAGAAAAGCGAAGAUGGCGAACAUAGCAACGUUUCGAUUCCUUCUGCUGUGGACGCUUUUCCUCUGCUUUGCCUUUACUACGCGUGCAGCUCAACGAGGGCCAUAUGGCAUGCAUAUAAGCUGUGGGGCUCGUCAUGAUGUUCAAACAAAACCAACCACUACCCUUUGGUAUAAAGACUUUGGUUAUACAGGAGGUAUUCCCACCAAUGCAUCUACGACAAGUUACAUUGCCCCCCCUCUGAAGACUCUUCGCUAUUUCCCCUUGUCUGAAGGUCUUUCAAAUUGCUAUAACAUAAACAGGGUGCCAAAAGGGCGCUACUCAAUCAGGAUCUUUUUUGGACUUGUUGCACACACUACAGUUACCGAUGAACCUCUAUUUGACAUCUCAAUUCAAGGAACACAAAUAUAUUCUUUGAAAUCAGGCUGGACCACUCAGGACGAUCAAGCAUUUACCGAAGCCCAAGUAUCUCUUAUGGAUGGUUCAGUAUCAAUCUGUUUCCAUGGCACAGGUCACGGAGAUCCGGCAAUUCUUUCGAUCGAGAUUCUUCAAAUUGAUGAUAAAGCUUAUUAUUUUGGACCGGAUUGGAGUGAAGGGGUAAUGCUUAGAACAGUCAAAAGAUUGAGUUGUGGGUUUGGACAGUCAAAAUUUGGUGUGGAUUAUGGUGCAGAUCCUCGGGGAGGGGACAGAUAUUGGCAGCAUAUUAAAACUUUUGGCGGGGAUUCUGAUCAGCCGAGAUCUGUUGAGACUAGAAUCAAACAGGCUUCACAUCCACCAAACUUUUAUCCCGAAACUCUUUAUCGAUCAGCUCUUGUCAGCACUAGUAGCCAGCCUGAUUUAACAUAUACAUUGGAUGUGGAUCCCAACAAAAACUAUUCUGUUUGGUUACAUUUUGCUGAGAUUGAUAACUCAGUGACAGCUACAGGACAAAGAGUCUUUGACAUUAUGAUAAAUGGAGAUGUUGCUUUUAGAAAUGUCGACAUUGUGAAAAUGAGUGGCGAUCGUUAUAGUGCUCUUGUGCUUAAUAGAACUGUUACUGUUAAUGGGAGAACUUUGACUGUAACUUUGAGCCCAAUAAAAGGUAGUUUUGCCAUAAUCAGUGCAAUUGAGAUAUUGGAGGUUAUAACGGCUGAAUCAAAAACAUUAUCAGAUGAAGUUAUGGCUUUACAAACGUUGAAGAAGGCUUUGGGGCUUCCUCCCAGGUUUGGGUGGAAUGGUGAUCCAUGUGUUCCCCAGCAACACCCGUGGACUGGAGCAGAUUGCAGAUUGGACAAAAGUAGCAGCAAAUGGGUCAUUGAUGGACUGGGUCUUGGCAAUCAAGGUCUGAAGGGCUAUUUGCCAAAUGACAUUUCCAGACUGCAUAAUCUACAAAUCCUAAACUUGAGUGGAAACGGCAUUCGUGGGGCUAUUCCAUCCCCACUUGGAACAAUAACUAGCUUGCAAGUGCUUGACCUAUCCUACAACUUCUUCAAUGGAUCGAUUCCUGAAAGCCUUGGACAAUUGACAUCAUUACAGAGACUGAACCUUAAUGGGAACUUACUGUCUGGAAGGGUCCCAGCGACUCUAGGAGGAAGACUUCUACAUGGGGCAAGCUUUAAUUUUACUGAUAAUGCAGGUCUAUGCGGCAUACCUGGAUUACCCACUUGUGGACCUCACCUUUCUGCCGGUGCUAAAGUUGGUAUUGGCCUAGGUGCUUCUUUUACUUUUCUACUUCUUAUUAUUGGUUCAGUUUGCUGGUGGAAACGGCGGCAGAAUAUCCUCCGAGUUCAGCAAAUAGCAGCGAGGGCAGCUCCAUAUGCGAAAGCUAGGACCCAAUUUUCACGUGACAUCCAGAUGGCAAGGCAUAAUAACAAUAAUAAUUAUGGCAAUGCUCACACUGCUGCCGAGAAUGGGCCUAUCUUGCUUUCACGAUGAUAUCCCAUUUUUUCUGUCCUAUCUAUGUGGCACUAAUUGCAGAGUAAUCCGAUCUUCUGAUGGCUGUUUCCCAUAGCGUGCUUCUCCAAAUAUUGACAACAGUUUUUUGAGCCCCUUAAAAUUUCUUACAAGCUGGGAACCCUCUUAAUUUGUAAAUCAGAAAUUUGUACAUGAUGCUUACAUUUUAGUUUCCUAUUUUGUUUGAACUUCUAUACAUUUUUUUUUUCUUUUUUCUAUUUAGUGGAGGAUUUUGUAACAAUUUAGAAGUUCAGAUACAAAUAGAAAUCAUAAUGUUAUAUGCAUAUAGGAAAAGCAAGGUCCAAUUUACAUAA